UCGGGUAAUCAAGAUGUGAUUGACGUGACGUAUCUAGAUUGAACACCUCCAUGGCAUUGACGACUGGUUUCGAAGAUAAUUUAUAACUGCACAUUUUUUUGUUAUAAGAAAAAAUAAAGACAAAUCAAACCUUUAUUCUGAUAAAGUAGACUUCCAAGAUGUCUGCAGCCCAAGCGGUUCGCCGACCCCGUAUCCAGCAGGCGAGAACACACGACUAUUUGUAUGAUCCUAUUUACACAUUGUCUAGUGAGAGGGACCAUGGCAGAGCUACAUUCAAAGCUAAUACGACUGUGGAAAGAGUGGGCCGUGUUCCCCAGUUCAACACCAUGUUCAGCUCAUUACGUCACUUCCCGAGGUUCAACGUCCGUCUGGAUCCCACGGACCCGGUACCUCGAUUUGUCUCCAGGCAAUGGAGAGGCUAUGCUGAUCAGGCCAAGGAGGCGCUCGUCAGAUACAAGACAUUCAACUAUGCUCCCGAUCUGAAGAUCCCCACCGUUCACCAUGCCGAUCCUGAUGUCGGAGGUCAGAAUCGCUACAAGUACUUCAGGCGUCCCAUCAUUCCAUUCCUGCAGCAAGUGCCACCAGAAUUCGUCAUGGACAACUCAUUGGCACGCAUGGGUGGCCAGACUGACCAGGUGAUUCAAGAGCGAGCCCCGACCCCGCUCCACCGGACCAUUGAGAUUCAGACAGACUACAGGGAGAGCGAGACUCAGACUGAUCCUUACACCCCGGAGUACGUCGUUAGGCCUGGAUCUCAGCCGGAGCUUCUCACAUUGGCAACUCUCUCCUUUGGUCAUGGUUUACCAGCCGGUCUCGCUGAGGUUGAGAUGAUCGAAAGGGCCAGGGCCAAGAGAGAAUGGGAAGCUACCCUACCACCAUUGAGUGAUGUCACCCAGCUGGAGAAGAGGAAACAGAUGAUGGACGAGAUGGAGAGGAAAGAAUGGGCUCUAAGGGAACAAGAGAUUGAAAAAUUGCAGGAAGCCAGACUGCAGCUCCUGCAGAAGAUCUUGAAGGAACGGGAAGAGAACCAUGCCAAGCUGAGUGCGAAGAGAUUGGAUAAACUAUGGGCUAAGAAGCAGCAGGAGAGGGAAAGGAAGGUGGCUUGGAUCAGGAAGGAGCAUGUCAAAUCUAUACGUAAGCUCACUGAGAAGAGAAGGAAUGUUGAGGGCAAGCUCGAGAGGCGUGAUAUCACCAAGGAUUACUCUGCCUUUGCUUCGGAGGCCUACGCUCCCAGGACCAGGCAUGGUGUGUUCCUGGACAAAGGCUCUGAACAGUAUACAGUCAAAAGCAAAUAUAUCACUACCUAUCAAGGUUUACUUGAGCUAGAGAACUCCCUCCCAGACUUUGUGACCCAGCCGAGGGUGAUCGCACCUAAACCUAAAUCCUCGGGCAAGGCUGGGUUCAUCAAGCGACAGCAAAGGAGACAGAAUGAACUCAAUGAAAUCUACAAAGGAAUCAAAGAUCAGAAGAACAAAGGGGUGGAGUCUCCUAAACCGCUCAAGUUCCUUCAAAAGAUCGAGAAACCAAUCCCGAGACCGCCUACACCAUCUGUUGAAGUACCUGAUUUGAUUGAAGAGGAGAGGGAACUGGCUAUCAUCUUCCUACAACAAGUUAUCCGAGGAAGAGCUAUCCAAAACAUGAUGUUUGAAGGCAAGGAGAAGCGACAGGAGCUAAUCAAUGAAUUGAGAAGCACACACGCCUUACAGGAAGCUGAACAACAGAUAAAGAAACAAGAUAGACAAGCUACCCUCAAUAUCCAGAGACAGAGACAAGUACAUGAUCACAGGGAAUCCUUCAUCGAUGAGGCCAUGUCAAAGCUAGAGGGCGCCGCACUGGGUGACAUGCUCGAUUUCCUGAGCAAGGAGCUGGUGCGGCUCCAGGAGGAGAGGAGGAUCCACGCCUUCGCCAUGCUGGCUGAGAGACGACGCAGGGUCAGGGAGGCGGAGGAGUCUGGCAGGAGACAGGUGGAGGAGAGAAGGAGACGAGAGGAGGAUGAGAUUUUCAAACAGUUGGUCAAGGUUCAUCAGAACACAGUUGACACUUACCUUGAAGACAUCAUCCUUACCUCACUGGACAAGACGGCCGAUGACCAAGCCAGGAUGGAGGUACAGGAGAGGGCGGAGCAGGUCAAUGAGAUGGCUUACCUGUCGGAACAGAGAGGUGAGCAGAGAGAAACUGUCGCUGAACUGGUCCAGAUGUUCCUUCUGCCUGAAGUCCAGAAAAUCACUAUCAGAGAAAAAGUGAAACAAGAGCAACGGAAGCACCUUCUAGCAGCACAUGGCACCAUACACAAAGAAGCUGAGUCCAUCAUUGGUUUACACUCUAAGCCUCUAAGAGCACCAAGCACUGAUGAUAAGCCUCCUUCCAGACCAACCUCUGCCUCCAAGACUGCAAGGAAGACGCCCUCUCCAACGGGUCAAAAGGUCAGCUCUCGGCCGCCCAGUGGUUCUGGUACAGGUCAAGGGUCAUCGAAGGGGUCACGACCUAGCAGCGGCAGGAAGGGGUCGGCUGGCGGAUCCCAGAAAGGAAGCAGGGCGGGUUCCCCGAAGGUUAAGAAAUCACCAUCAUCAUCACCAGCUCCACCAUCAUCACCUCAGCAAGAUAGCAAACCAACCAUGGAGAGUCAGGAACCAACACAAGCACUGCCAUCCAGCUCACCUGCACCACCAGCAGAUGACCAAGCACCACCUGUAGAUGCACCAAUGGACACAUCCGAUCAGCCACAGGCACCGGCUAGUAGUGAAGAGGCACCGAUGGAGGGUGUAUCUGAACAAUCACAGGAACCGACCAGUAGUGAAGCUCCUGCAGAUUGCUUGCCUGACCAGCAACAGGCACCGAUUGAGGGAGAAGGGACACCAGCCGAAGCAGCUCAGCAGGGAGAAGCACCAUCGGAGAUGCAACAAGGUAGUAAUGAAGGUGGCACCGCGGGUACUGAGCAGAAGCAAGAACCAGUCACCAAUGAAGAUCAGGCCAGUGUACCCACUGAGACUCCAGCUGCACCAGAAGAAGACACUGUGCAAGCACCAGAAGCACCAGCUCAGGGCGAAGGCACUGCAGAACCAGCAGCAGUACCAGUAGAAGAAGCAGCAAAGCCACCAUCUGAAGAUCAGCAAGGAAGCGCAGAAGGGGAAGAAGUUCAAGCUGAAGUUAGACAGAAAACCGAUUCUGCUACACAAGGAGAGCGCUAAAGCUUUUGGUGUCCAUGUUUACUCAAAGAAUUAUUUGUAAAACUGUGUUUAUGUCCCUCAAAUUUUGAUCAUGAUUACUUACCUGAUUGGAGGUACAUGCAUCUUUGCAAAGUCACAAAAUGAAGAAAUAUCAACUAUAUACAGUAGUUCUAUUUACCCAAUGAAACCCUCCUCCUUUUAUAAUACGAUGAAUGGGAAUCCACAGACUUGACGUUGGGAAUUGAAUAAAGAAUGCAGAUAUAUAAAUUUGACACAUAUUCAUUGCAAGUUUUGUCAGAUGGUAUAUAUUUCAGAAAUUGUGGUGCUGCCUUUAAUAUAUUAAUGAGACCAGAUGCUGGAGUUGAAAAGAGAUUUUAUCCAUCCUCUGUUUUCAAAAUGGUUUGGAAGACACCCCAAAAUCUUACAGACAAAAAAGUGAAGACAGAAAACAAAAUUAAAAGAAAAUAAUAAGAUAUUUCUCACAUUUCAUAAUAUUCAUUUACAAUGCUCACUCACAUUGAUUUAAGAUUAAAACAAUGUUGCAUAUAAUAGCAAAAUUCAUAUCAUUGUACAGGGUACAUGAAAAGGUUGAUAAUUCUCAGGCAUAAUGGAGUUCUCUCAGUUUAAAUGGAUAAAUCUGUUUUUGUAGACUUUGACAUACAUGUAUGAUUACAUUCAGCAUUUCACCUGUCACAAUUUUACAAAUGCGUAGAUGAGGUAUGAAAUAGAAUGUACUAAUGACUGUUGGAAAUUGCAUUUCCCUGAUCACUGCAGUAGGUAAAUGAAAAGAUCUAAUAACUGCUGAAAAGUGUAUUUCACCAAUCAUUGCAGUGAUUAAUGUACUAAUUACUGCUGGUUAGUGUAUUUGACUAAUUGCAGUAGGUAAUUUAAUGUACUAUUUGACUGCUAAAUUGUACAUUUCACCAACCAUUGCAGUAGGCAAUAUAAUGUACUAAUGACUGCUGGUUUAAUGUAUUUCACUGAUUGUAGUAGGUAAUAUAAAGUACUAAUGACUGCCGGUUUAAUGUAUUUCACUGAUUAUAGUAGGUAAUAUAAUGUACUAAUGACUGCCUGAUAGUGUAUUUUCACUGAUAGAAAUUGUACUAAUAACCGCUGGAUAGUGUAUUUCACCAAU